AUGGAGGAGAAAAGUCAGAAGGACCAUCGGGCUUUGCUUAACCAAGGAGAGGAGAAUGAACUGGAGGUGUUUGGUUACCAGACCCAGAGUCUUCGCAGAGCCGUCUGCCUUAUAGCAUCGGUGCUGACUUGUGGGGUCCUUAUGCUGGUGUUGUACUGGAGGCCCCAGUGGAGAGUGUGGGCCACUUGCAUCCCGUGCCCCUUGCAAGAAGCAGAUACUGUUCUGCUAAGGACAACUGAUGAAUUUCAAAGAUAUAUCAGGAAGAAAGUGAUCUGCCUCUACUUAUCCACACUGAAGUUUCCUGUAAGCAAAAACCCGGAAGAACCCCUUGUAGCUGACCGCCACUCUGUCAUAAACCAUGCCAUUUUGAAACCAGAAUUAAAACUACGAUGUAUCCAAGUGCAGAAAAUUAGGUAUGUUUGGGACAACUUGGAGAAGAGAUUUCAGAAAGUGGGGUUGCUGGAAGACAGCCACUCCUGCUAUGACAUCCAUCAUAUGUUCGGCCUGGGUCUGACCCAUGAAGAGCGGGAGGUCAGGAGACUCGUGUGUGGGCCCAAUGCCAUUGAGGUGGAAAUUCAACCCAUAUGGAAGCUGCUUAUUAAACAGGUUUUAAAUCCAUUUUAUGUGUUCCAAGCCUUUACAUUGACUCUGUGGAUGUCUCAAGGUUACAUAGAAUACUCUGUCGCCAUCAUCAUCCUGUCUGUUAUCUCCAUUGUCUUAACUGUGUAUGAUUUGCGACAGCAAUCAGUUAAGCUGCACAACCUUGUGGAGGAUCACAACAAAGUCCAGGUCACAAUCACUGUAAAAGGCAAAGGUGAGCAGGAGCUGGAAUCCCGCCUCUUGGUUCCUGGAGAUGCCCUCAUUCUACCAGGAAAAUGCUCAUUGCCAUGCGAUGCUAUUCUGAUUGACGGGAGCUGUGUGGUGAACGAAGGCAUGCUCACAGGAGAAAGUAUACCCGUUACAAAGAUGCCAUUGCCCCACAUGGAGAAUACAAUGCCCUGGAAAUCCCACAGCUCAGAGGACUAUCGGAAACAUGUUCUUUUCUGUGGCACAGAAGUGAUCCAGGUCAAGCCCACUGAGCAGGGGCCAGUAAGAGCAGUUGUUUUGCGAACAGGUUACAAUACAGCCAAAGGGGACUUGGUGAGAUCCAUCCUUUACCCCCGGCCUCUGAACUUCAAACUCUACAGUGAUGCCUUCAAGUUCAUAGUGUUCCUGGCCUGUGUUGGAGUUGUGGGUUUUUUCUAUGCCCUUGGUGUGUAUAUGUAUCACAGAGUCUCACCAAGACGUACCAUAGCCAUGGCCCUGCUCCUCUUCACCGGAACUGUCCCUCCAGUGCUGCCAGCUGCCCUGACCACAGGCAUCAUGUAUGCACAAAAGAGGCUGAAGAAAAAGAAAAUCUUCUGUGUCUCCCCACAGAGAAUCAAUAUGUGCGGACAAAUAAACCUCGUGUGCUUUGACAAAACUGGCACUCUUACAGAGGAUGGGCUGGACCUCUGGGGAACUGUCCCCACUGCUGACAACUGUUUCCAGGAAGUCCACAGUUUUGCCUCAGGCAAGGCUCUGCCCUGGGGCCCACUGUGUGCCGCCAUGGCCAGCUGCCACUCUCUGAUCCUCCUGGAUGGGACCAUCCAGGGAGACCCUCUGGACCUCAAGAUGUUUGAGGGCACCAACUGGAUAAUGGAAGAUUGCAAUGUAGACUACUGCAAAUUUAGGAUGUCAGACUCAAACAUAAAAAUAAAACCAGGACCGAAAGCCAGUCGGAGUCCUGUGGAAGCUAUCACCAUCUUGCGCCAGUUUCCAUUCUCAUCAAGCCUGCAGAGGAUGUCUGUGGUCGCUGGGCUAGCAGGCGAGGAUCACUUCCAUGUCUACAUGAAGGGUGCCCCCGAGAUGUUGGUCAAGUUCUGCAGAUCCGAAACAGUGCCCAGGAACUUCCCACAGGAACUGGGGAAUUACACAAUGCAAGGCUUCCGUGUCAUUGCCCUUGCCCAUAAAACCUUGAGCCUGGGAAAGCUUUCAGAAGUGGACAGUUUAUCCAGAGAGAAGGUGGAGUCAGAGUUAACAUUUCUGGGACUUCUUAUAAUGGAGAAUCGCUUGAAAAGGGAAACCAAACCCGUCUUGAAGGAAUUGAGAGAGGCCUGCAUCAGGACUGUGAUGAUUACUGGUGACAACCUGCAAACAGCCAUUACUGUUGCAAAAAACUCUGAAAUGAUUCCUCAAGGGAACCAAGUGAUCCUCGUUGAGGCCAAUGAACCAGAAGAAUUUGUUCCUGCUUCUGUGACCUGGAAGCUGGUUGAAAACCAAGAGAAUGGACCUGGGCAGAAUGAAACCUACAUUAACAUUGGAAAAAGUUCAGUGCUUCCUGAAGAACAAGGGAACUGUUAUCAUUUUGCAAUGAGUGGGAAAUCAUACCAAGUGCUAUUUCAGCAUUUCAACAGCUUGCUUCCAAAAAUUCUGGUGAAUGGAACCAUUUUUGCAAGAAUGUCUCCUGGGCAAAAAUCAAGCCUUGUUGAAGAAUUUCAGAAAUUAAAUUAUUAUGUGGGCAUGUGUGGAGAUGGAGCCAAUGACUGUGGGGCUUUGAAAAUGGCUCAUGCGGGUAUUUCCUUGUCAGAGCAGGAGGCAUCUGUAGCCUCACCUUUCACCUCAAAAACAGCCAACAUCGAGUGUGUGCCUCAUCUCAUCAAAGAAGGCCGUGCUGCUCUGGUUUCAUCCUUUGGGGUAUUUAAAUACUUGACCAUGUAUGGAAUAAUCCAGUUUAUUGGUGCAUCACUGCUCUUUUGGAGCUUUGCUUUCCCUAUAUCAAGCCUGACCUAUGGUGUGGAGCAAGCAGUAGUGAGUUCAACUCAUGCCUACCCAAAGCUGGCUCCAUACCGACCAGCAGGACAGCUCCUCUCUCCCCCUUUGCUGCUCUCAGUCUUGUUGAAUACCUGUUUCACCUGCAUUGUUCAUAUCUGUGCAUUUCUCUAUGUGAAGCAGCAGCCCUGGUACUGUGAGGUCUACAGAUACAGUGAGUGCUUUCUGGACAACCAAAGUAAUUUCUCAACAAAUAUGAGUUUGGAAAGAAACUGGACUGGAAAUGCAACUCUGAUUCCUGGUUCAAUUUUAAGUUUUGAGACUACCACACUGUGGCCCAUCGGGACCAUUAACUGUAUCACAGUAGCAUUUAUCUUUUCUAAGGGAAAGCCAUUUCGAAAACCCAUCUACACAAACUAUGUAUUCUCAUUUAUGCUGAUAACUGCCUUGGGCCUCACAGUUUUCAUCAUGUUUUCUGAUUUUCAAGCUAUAUACCGAAGAAUGGAGUUCAUCCCAACCACAACAUCAUGGAGGGUUUCAAUUUUGGUGGCAGCCCUCAUCCAGUUCUGCGUGGCCUUCUUUGUAGAGGAUGCCAUCCUUCAAAAUCGAGAGCUCUGGCUAUUGAUCAAAAAUAAAUUUGGAUUCUAUUCGAAAAGUCAAUAUAGGAACUGGCAAAGGAAGCUGGCAGAAGACCCCACUUGGCCUCCCACAAACAGGACGGACUAUUCAGGCGAUGGCCAAAAUGGGUUCUACAUCAACCGAGGCUAUGAAAGCCCUGAACAGAUCCCAAAGGGAAAGCUCCAACAGGGAGGCCAAAACACAGAACAGCAUUUUUGGACCCGACUGUAAUCAGAAUUUUUGUUGUACAUACUUAACAGCAUCCCCUUCCCUCCAGAAAAUACAGCACUGUGGAGAGGUGAGGGUAGCUUACCCUUAUCUGUUCUCUCUCCAGCUGAGGACUCAAAACACAUUUCUCAGUGUACUGAGCUUUGCAACAAAGAACCUUAACGAUGCUUAUUUUGACUGUAUCCUACCCUUUACCAAUGAGGGGAAAAAAUACAUUGCCUGGAUUAUCUAUUUUUUAAAAAUAAACUUUAUUCACAUUA